GUUCAGAAAAUGUUUGUUUUGCAUAUGCCAAUCGUUCACAUUGUUUCCUCAAACUUGGAAUGUUUGACAAAUGUGUUAAUGACAUUGAAAUGGCAGAAAAGUCUAAUUAUCCGAAAGAAAAAAUGUCUAAAUUAGAAGAACGUCGUGCAUACUGUUUGAAUCAAAUGAAAAAUAAGAAACCAAACUCAAAGAGCGCACCCAUUGGAUUUUGAAGCAGACGGUGCGUUUCCUGGCAUGGCCAAUGUGCUGGAGAUGAAAUACAACGAGAAAUUCGGACGUCAUUUUGUUGCAAAGCAAGACAUCGAUGUGGGAAAAGUGAUAGUGGUUGAAGAAGCAUUCAUAACUAUGAUUGUAAUGCAUGCAGGCCUGAAUAUUUGUGAUACUUGUUUCAAACAUAUGACCAAUUUCAUUGCUUGCCAGAACUGUACGUUUGGGUUGUUUUGCGAUGAAAUUUGUGCCCAAAAUGAUUUGCAUAAAAUGCGAUGCGGUCGAAGUAGUAAAGAUGACAAUCCAUUAGUUGAGUAUGCAAUACGAUCAAUUGUAUGUGCUCUGGAUAUUUUUGCAGCCGAUGACGAUUCGGCGUGUUAUGUGGAUACGCUGAUGUCUUUUGUGGAGAACGUGAUUCAAGAUCCAAAGAAAAUGGCAAACGUACCACAUUCGAUUGUCGACAACAAGUCAAAAUACCGCUUAUUUCUGACACUAAAUCUCUGGCUGGGUUCAUUAAAAGAGGAUGAAUUAAUGGCUCGUGCUCAUGAUGCGUUUGAAAUUCUCUUGAAGAUGCCACAAAUAAAAGCUGCAUUUUCAUCACACAAGAAAAGCCGCUUUUUGAUGCAUUUAUGCGUGUUUCACACUUACCUUGUUUUCUGCAACUCGUUUCAAAAUCAAGCAAAUGGCGGUAUAUUCUUGCUUCGAAAUCAUUUCAAUCACUCUUGUGCGCCGAAUGUACUAUGCAGCAAUUACGAAAAUAAGUCGACUUGCAUUACAUCACGUCAUGUCAAAAAAGGCGAUCAACUUUUUAUAUCAUAUGGAAGUGGAUACUUCAAUCAUUCACGCGCUGAACGUCAAAAGGGUUUAAGCAACGAUUUUGGGUUUCAAUGCGAAUGUGAAAAAUGCAAAAAUAAGAGCUAUCCAAUUUCAUCGGAUGUCAUUAAAUCUGACGCGGAAUAUCAAUAUUUAGCCAAAGAACUGGACAUGAAGAAAGUUAAAUUCUCCGAUGGAUCGAAAUGUGCUAUCCUCAAACAAAAAUGUCUGGAAAUUCUCAUCAAGUAUCGCGAUCAACCUUGGACCAUUGAAAAGGAUUUGGUGGCAGAUUUUUAUCAACAGCUGUCAGUUGAAACAAUCCAUUAAUGAAUAUUUUGUUGGCGGACCCAUGACGUAUUCAACUUAAUACACUUUUUUUUUACUUUUUAUAUUAAUUAUUUCUAAAAUAUGUACUCAUGAUCAUCAAUUAUGACUUUUUUAUAAAUUUUAACCGAAUAAGUUUCAGACACUUUCAUCAGAGCCAAAGUAUUCUAUUCAGAGAAUUUCUUUGUAGUUGGCUAAGGUAUAUAGAAAUACCGUUCGCAGAAAAAAAUAAUAUUUCUGUUGGAGUCUAGUGUAAUAAGCAUUCUAAAAUAAAUGAAAGCAAGAAAACAACUAUUUCUGAUUUUAAUUGGUUAAAUCAUCGGUGAUGUCUUCCUGUGAAUUGUUAUCCUCAUCAUCAUUG